AUGACCUCGAGAACGACUCUCUGCCGGCUCUUGCGCUCUACAGCGCUAUCACCGCCCCACAGGAGCCUUGCCACGUGUCGAGCGUGCCCCCUGGCCCAGCUCAGCCAGGCCAGACACUAUCGGCCUUAUGUACGAGUCAGGGCAACUGGUACAUCUGCCAAGGACAACGAAUCGCAGCCCUGCUCCGCUUCUGCGCGGAUACCGCUGCGCGCCGGCUCGGUGUUUGGUGUCAGCUCCAGUCGAGGCUCUCGAGCGUACCAAGAAGAUGCCUGGUCAGCUUCUUGCGUCUUGCUACCACCCAAGGCCAUCAAAGCUAGCUUGGCUUCUGGUUGGAGCAGGAUCGCCAAAGAGGCUGCGGCUAGGUGGCACCCUGAAAGCGAUGCGGAAGAAGCCGCGAAUGCCCAAGGAGUGGAAGAUUUGGACGACGCAAAGGAGAGGGAACAGGCAUUGAUGGAGGAAUACGGACAGAUUGUUUGGUUCGGCUGCUUUGACGGCCACGGAGGUCGAGCCAUUUCCACGCAUCUCAAGGACACGUUGCAUGCAACUUUCGAAUCAGCAGAUCCUCGCCUAGCGACCAAGAUCGCGCAAUUCACUCGCUCACUCGGCGGCUAUUUUAGAAGGUUCGCGGGAGGCGGCAUGCAGCGAUGGGUCAGACAAGAGCUACUCAAGCCCGUCAGGGCUGGUAGAGGCUCCGCUGGACGUGCGCCUCGGACGUCAGCACCCAUGGAAGCCCAGACGCCGCAAGAUGUCGACGCUAGCGACAGCAAGCCGGCUGAAGAGCUGGCCGCCAAGCGAGGUCUGAGUGUCAAAUCCACCACGCCGCAGGCUAGCGAGGGACAGAUUAUAGACGGCAGUGACAUUGGUCUUGUGGAUCCACCGGACGCAGUCAGCUCAGAAGAGAUGACGAUUGCGGAGAGAUGUACGCUUGCUUGGCUUAUGGCCGACAAGGAAAUUCAGCAGUCGGAACAACUGAACGUCGGAGGCUCCACCGCUAGCGUUGCUCUCUUACAUUCGCUCGACGUUCCAGCCACGCCGUGGUAUUCGUCUCGCCUGCUAAGCAUCACCACAGCCCAGAUCGGCGACACUCGGCUGCUGCUCUGCGGAUCUGACGGGCGAGCGAUCCCCCUGACAAACUAUCACCAUCCAGACGAUAGGGGAGAAGCGGAUCGUCUACGCAAAGUCGGCGCGGGCAUGAUCACAGACUCAUUCGGCGAAGCUCGUUGGAUGGGGGCGCUGGCAAACACUCGCGCAUUUGGCGACUCGGGCUUCAAGAAGGCUGGCGUUACAGCCGAGCCAGAAGUCAUAACCCAGGUGAUCAAGGGCGAUGAUUACGCUUUUGUGAUUGCAUUCAGCGAUGGCGUCGGUGAGAAAGUCUCAGACCAGGAAGUCGUCGACCUUUGUCGAGGUGCGGGACAUCCCAGCGAUGCUGCCAAGGCUGUUUUGAGCUUUGCCGAAGAGCUUGGAGCUGAGGACAAUGGCACUGUGCUGGUCAUACCAUUGCGGGGUUGGGGCAAGGUGGGCGGAGAAGACACGACUCGAGCCCAAAGAGAGUUCAGGAAGAGCAAGACAGAUGUAUUUCGAGAGGGUAGGAGAUAA